UGCAUGGAAACAUCUAAUGGGCCGAUCAAGAUUCGUCCUCCACACUCUUUCUAUUUCUCUCUCUGGAAGAUAAAAUAGAAGUUCUGUUCUUCUUUGUUUACAAUUUUCGCCGAAAUCCAUGUUCUUGCCGUGCAUCACUGAUUCACUGCACUCUAGAUAGAAUUUAUACACCAAAAUUUGCAGAAAGCGAAAAGGAAGACUAGAUUUGAGAUAAUGGGGGCCUCGAGCUCCAAAAUAGAUGAUGAUAAGGCACUCCAGCUAUGCCGUGAAAGGAAGAAAUUUGUUAGGCAAGCACUUGACGGGCGCUGCUCUUUAGCAGCUGCUCAUGUUUCAUAUGUCCAGUCACUGAAAAGUACAGGAAUAGCUUUGAGAAAAUUCACAGAACCUGAAGCACCAAUUACCAAUGCCACACUGGAGCCACUUGAGAAAACCCUGUCCCAAUUCUCACUUUCUUCGCGUUCUGUGUCUCAACACAUUGAUACAACUGAAACCUUUUCUCCAACUCCCUCUCCUCCUAGCUCUAGUAAGUUCCAAGCAAAUCAUAUGAAAUUUAGCUCCAGUUCUUCUAAAAAGGUUGAAGAAAAACUACCUGUUCCUGUUGUUGGAAUAGUAACAUCAUCAGGUACUCCACACGAUGCUGCUGCUCAACCCCCUGAAAAGUUUGAACCAUCAGCAUCUGCUGGAGAUUCUUCUCUUCCAGUUGAAACUCCACCAUGGGAUUAUUUUGGUCUCUUUCAUCCUAUUGAUCAUCAAUUUUCUUUUCAAAGGAAGGUCAUGCACCAAGAUAUGGUGGGGAAUGCUGAUGAUAUAACACAACUUAUGGAGGAGGAAGGAAUUCCUGAAUUAGAAGAUGAUGAGAAGGUUUCUUCUCAUGGAAGGGAAGACUCUACGUACUCCGAAGAUGAAUUUGAUGACGAGCCUGCCACAGAUACCCUAGUCCAAAGAUUUGAAAAUUUUAACAGAGUUAAUGAUCAUGUUAGAACCAAUGAAUCACCUGCCACAAUUAAGCCUUUGAAAGGGAAUUCUACUUCUGAAUUUGAACAUGUGAAUGUGGAGAAGGGGAACUCCCCUGUUGCAUCACAAUUAGAGACAGCUUCUACAGAAGUUGAACUUCCAGCCGAAUCAAAUCAAUUGAUGGAGAAUGAAAAUCACAGUGAAAAAGUUGUUCCUAAGGAUAUCUUUUCUAGCAUGAAAGAUAUUGAAUUUCUCUUUGUGAAAGCUUCUGAAUCUGGUAAAGAGGUUCCAAGAAUGCUUGAGGCAAAUAAGUUGCACUUUCGUCCACUAUUACCAGCUAAAGAAAGUCGUUCAGCUGCACCCUCAUUUUUAAAGGCAUGUUUCUCAUGUGGGGAAGACCCAAGUCAGCUUCCAGAAGAACCUGCUCAAAACUCGGUUAAGUACUUAACUUGGCAAAGGACAAUGUCAUCUUUAUCCUCUUCAUCCAGAAACCCGUUGGGACCAAACUCAAAAGAUGAUAUAGAGGACCUUACGAAUAAUCUUUUUGAUAGUUUGUGCAUGAUCUCUGGAAGUCAUGCGUCAACCUUGGAUAGAUUAUAUGCAUGGGAAAGGAAGCUCUAUGAUGAAGUGAAGGCAAGUGGUAUGAUCAGAAGGGAAUAUGACAUGAAGUGUAAAGUCUUACAGCAUCUGGAAUCAAAAGGAGAAAAGACUUAUAAAAUUGAUAAAACACGUGCUGUAGUCAAGGAUCUGCACUCAAGAAUUAGAGUUGCCAUUCUCAGGAUAGAUUCUAUAUCAAAGAGGAUUGAGGAAUUGCGGGAUAAAGAGCUCCAGCCUCAACUUGAGGAGUUGAUUGAAGGGUUAAUUCGGAUGUGGGAAGUGAUGUUUGAGUGCCACAAGCAUCAGUUUCAGAUAAUGUCUGCAGCCUAUAACAACAGGCAUGCCAGAAUGAUCACGAAUUCUGAAUUACGCAGACAAAUUACUUCCUAUCUUGAAGGUGAGCUUCACUAUCUAUCCUCAAGUUUUAACAAAUGGAUUGGAGCUCAGAAGUCCUAUCUAGAGGCCAUAAAUGGAUGGCUCUAUAAAUGUGUCUCUCUUAAGCAAAAAACAGGGAAGAAAAGGAGACCCCAACGACCACUCCUAAGUUAUGGUCCUCCACCAAUAUAUGUCACCUGUGAAAUCUGGUUGGAAAAGCUUGGUGAAUUACCCAUCCAAGAUGUUCUAGAUGCCAUCAAAAGUUUAGCCGGUGAAACCGCCCGGUUCUUGCCGCAUCAAGAGAAGAACCAGGGCAAAGGUUUAAAGAACCCCCACAUGAAAUAUUGGAAUGCUCAUAUCCGCAGUGAAUCAUCAGAUAAUCUACUGAGAGAUGACCCACCAGAGGAUUGGGAUUCAGGUUUCGAUCGAUUUCGGGCAAGCUUUCUUGGGUUUGUUGCUCAGUUAAGUAAUUUUGCCGGGUCUUCUGUCAAGAUGUACACAGAACUAAGACAAGCCAUUCAGAAUGCUAAGAAUUACUAUUAUCAUAGGUCUAAUUCUCAGGCUCAAGAUUCUGAAAACAAAAAGCCCUAACAAUAAGCAAAGGGUUGCAUAAAACAUGGUGGAGGUGCAGCAUUGUAGCAUUAGUUGAUCUAAUGAAAGUUGAGUUUCAUACAAAGUCUAUUGCAUAUAGAACAUGGUGGAGUUGAAGCAUUGUAGCUUUGGUUAAACUAAUAAAUGUUGAAUUUCAUACAAAGUCCAUUGGAUGUGGCAUUUGUACAUGAAAGAAAGAAAAAGGAAGGAAUAAAGUAUUUAUAGGAUGACCAUACUUUAAAUGAUAGUUUCAUCUUUUGAAUAAUACUGUACAAGGGUGUGGUUACAUUACAGGUUAGGCAAAGCUGUUGACUGUAGUUGGUUGGUUCUGUUAAAGUGUUUUUUAUGCAAAGAGAAGGAACUUGCCAAAUAUCAUUUUUGUUAACAGAUAUAGGACUUUUACUUUAUUUUCAAUUCUGAUGUAAUUAUUUUAAUUUAUGGUGUGCAUAUAUGAGCAUUGGUUAAUGUUUAUUUGAA